AUGGUCCCAACCAUGUCCGUCCUAACAAUCGUCCAUCGAGCCCUACCACCACUCUCCCUCCCCUGGCGCCGAAGAACAAGUCUAAAAGGCAAAGCCCCAGAACUACAAAUCCAGGAAAUCCUCAACGAAAAGAAUCACCCCCUAAGCCCAGGCCCAGGCCCCGAAGCAAACUGGAAUCAAUCAGUCAUGCAUCGUGACGUUGUGCAGAUAGCGGUGAAGAGCGACGCACCCGAGCACAACGACACUCCCCAAUCAGCGACAUCCAUCACGGACAAUACCAUACCCGCAGACUCGGAUUCAAGCUCCGAGUGCCAGGCGGAGUCUUCCAAUCAGGCGCGCCGAAGCCGGGCCCGGAUUGUUCGCGCGGUUGGGUGGGCGAGUAUUGUUCGUAGUGGGGCGAGGUGGACGGAGGAGCAGGAGGUUGAGCUUGUGCGUGCGCAGAGGCAGUUGGGGAGGUGUCAGAAGGCUUGGAGUUCUGAGCAGGAGGUUUGGUUAUCUUAUGUACAGGCUCUCAGUGAGGAAAAGGAAGCCCAUGAAGGGUUCUUGUCUAUGCGACAUCGACAGCAAGAUGAGGAACAGUACCAGUUCCGUAAGGCGUGGAAGCGCCGAAGAUCUUCGUCGACUGAUGAUGAAGCGCAGCAGUCUGCUGUCGAAACUGGAAAUCGACUGGGGAGAUUGCGUCCACGCUUGCCGCGGUAUGGGUCAGGGCAGAGGUUGGGCGUGACGGGAUCGACGGCGGUGGCUGUUGAGGGAUAA